AUGGCGGCGCCCGCGCUGGGCCGCGGUCCGGCCCCGCCGCUCUCGCUGCCGCUGGCCCUGGCCCUGGCCCUGGCCCUGUCGCUGUCGCUGUCGGCGGGGUCGCCCCCUGCCGGGGGGGCGGCGUUGCUCGAGGCGGCGCCGCGCUGGGGCUGGCGGAACGUGUCGUGCCCGGUCUGUCGGCUGCUCUUCGGGGCGCUGGACUGGGCGCUGCAGCUGGAGCCCAACGUGGCACGCGUGGGGCGCGUGGCGGCCCGGCUGUGCCAGGACCUGCGGCUGGCGCGCCCCGAGAUCUGCCGGCAGGCCGUGCAGCUCUUCCAGCAGGACGUGGUGUCGGCCUGGGCCCGCUCGGUGCUGCGGCCCGGCGAGGCCUGUGGGCUGCUGCUGGGCCGGCGCUGCGGCCACUGGGACAUCUUCGGCGCCUGGAACAUCUCCCUGCCCGCCACCCCCAAGCCACCCGUGCAGCCCCCGGUGCCCCCGCCGCCCGGCGCCCCCACCGCCCGCCUCCUCUUCCUCACCGACCUGCACUGGGACCGCCACUACGUGCCGGGCAGCGAGGCUACCUGCCCCGACCCGCUCUGCUGCCGCGGCACUGCCCGCCACGGCCCCGGCGGCGCCGGCUUCUGGGGCGAGUAUGGCAAGUGCGACCUGCCGCUGCACACCAUUGAGGCGCUGCUGGCCCAGCUCCCCAGCGCGGCCCCCUUCGCUGCCGCGUACUGGACGGGCGACAUCCCAGCGCACGACGUCUGGCAGCAGAGCCGCCAGGACCAGCUGCUGGCCCUGCGCACCGUCACCGGGCUGCUGCGCCGGCACCUGGGCGCCCUGCCCGUCUACCCGGCCGUGGGCAACCACGAGGCCACCCCCGUCAACGCCUUCCCCCCGCCAUACGUGCGGGGCAACCAGUCCUCCGCCUGGCUGUACGACGCCAUGGCCCAGGCAUGGCAGGACUGGCUGCCCCCCCCGGCGCUGCAGACCCUCCGGGCCGCCGGUUUCUACACGGUGCAGGUCUGGCCCGGGCUGCGCCUUGUCUCCCUCAACAUGAACUUCUGCUCCCAGGCCAACUUCUGGCUCCUCAUCAACUCCACCGACCCCGCGGGGCAGCUGCAGUGGCUGGUGGGGGUCCUGGCGGCCGCCGAGCAGGCGGGGGAGAAGGUGCACAUCAUCGGGCACAUCCCCCCGGCCCACUGCCUGCGCAGCUGGAGCUGGAACUACUACCGCAUCGUCAACAGGUUUGAGGGCACCAUCGCGGCUCAGUUCUUCGGGCACACGCACGUGGACGAGUUCGAGAUGUUCUACGACGAGGAGACGCUGACGCGCCCCGUCUCCAUCGCCUUCGUGGCCCCCAGCGUCACCACCUACAUCAACCUCAACCCCGGCUAUCGCGUGUACGAGGUGGAUGGCGCCUACCCCGGCAGCUCCCACGCCGUGCUGGACCACGAGACCUUCAUCCUCAACCUCACCGAGGCCAAUGCACCGGGGGCAGAGCCACGCUGGCAGCGCCUCUACCGCGCCCGCGAGGCUUACGGGCUGCCCAGCGCCUUCCCGGCCGACUGGGACCGGCUCAUCCGCCGCUUCCAGGACGAUGAGCGCCUUUUCCAGCGCUUCUGGUUCCACUUCCACAAGGGCCACCCGCCCCGCGAGCCCUGCCUGGCCGCCUGCAAGGCAGCACUGCUCUGCGCCCUGCGCACCGGCCGCUCCGCCGACCCCGGCCUUUGCCAGCCCCUGCGCCCGGCGCUGCCCUUCGCGCACAUCCAGGCGCUCUGGCGGCAGUGGCGGCUCUGCUGAGGG